ACCUUUCUGUUCACUCCACCUCACGGGCGGUGACACAGCGGUGGAAGCGCGUGUCAGGUGUCUCAAGGGUUCACAAAAAGAGUGACAACGGAAGUUCGCACAGGUAUUUAGAUAGCUGCCAAAGAUGGAAAGUGGUCCAUUCAAUCGACAGACCUGGGCGGCACAGUCCGUGCGUGUCACUGCGAAGGAGCUGUCACUCAGCGGCCGAGGGAAAAACAACGCCAUUGCUGAACGCUUCUCUAAGUACCAGAGAGCUGCUGAGGUGUCCAGUACCGAGAAGAAAAAAGGAUCUUCUGAGAGUGCAUCAUCCUUACUGCGGUUAGGCAACCUCAGUGCUCUGAAGAAGCGCUGGGAGCAGGCACAGGCGAAGCCUUCUUCGGUCCCACCUCCGAGCCAGUCCAGCACUCGCAGCAGGCCUCCUGCUCUGGCCAGGCCUGCUCCUAUCCCUGAGCCCUGUCCUCCAUUAAAGAGCCCUGGCCUGCCGACCGACCAGGGAGGUCAGCUCACAGCCGGUCGUGUCGUGCAGCCCGCAGCAGCUCCAGAAGCAUCCGAAGGUGAAGAGCAGACGGGGAUGGACAGGAAGGAGCUGACACACCGUGGAAGACCUGAAAAGCUUGAUGAGAAAGUUCCCACCAGCCCCUGUGCCUCUUAUGAAAAACCCAGAGUGCCACUGACCAACCUGAAGAUGAAGUUUGAGAGGGGAGAGGAUACCAUAAGCAAGGGUGGCAGGACGACACGACGCAGUACUUCAUCCGAGGACAUGGACCAACAUGGUCCGUCUGUGCAUGACCGAGUACUGGAGUCCACAUCCAUGAAGGAGAAGAUGGCCAAAUACAAGGCUGCUCUUUUUAAACAAGGCACCUCUCCCUCCGGUCUGGACCCAGAGGUGCCUGCUCCUAAAACAUCUGCACUAGUAAAUCAGAACCACAACCCUGCACCUGAGUGCAAUGGGGAGAGCAGCGAGCAAUCCAAAGCAUCAAGAAAGUUCAGCCCACCGGUGAAGGAGACGUGCAUUGCUUGUCUGAAGACGGUGUACCCGCUGGAGAGACUGAUGGCUCUGCAGCAUGUCUACCACAAAAGUUGCUUCCGCUGUGUUCACUGCAGCACAAAGCUCAGUCUUGGGAGCUAUGCCUCUCUGCAUGGCAACAUCUACUGCAAGCCCCAUUUCAGCCAGCUGUUUAAAGCUAAAGGCAACUACGACGAGGGCUUUGGCCAUCGGCCUCACAAGGAGCUUUGGGAGCCUCGUGAAGAUGGAGACCACGGUGAGGAAGAGGUGAAGCCAAAGGAACAAGAGGAACCAGCAGUGGUGACGCGUCCAGCUGAGAGUAUCGCAGAACAACAGGAGACCCCAAUUGUUGAGACAUCCCCGCAGGUAAAGGUGACCGACCUAACCGCCUUACUUGAGACACGUGUGCAGACACACGGCAGGUCUGGGGAGAAGCUCGAGUCUACAGAGAAGCUGGCUGAGAAACGCAGGCUGAUGGUCGCCUGGCCUCCCCCAGCGGACGAAGGCCACUCUGGGACAGAAGCACUUAGUCCAGUCACAGAGGGCGUGUCUUCAGGCCGACCCUGGAGAUCCAAGUGGCCCCCAGGGGCCGAGGAGCCAUCAUCCUUCCAGAGCUCAGAACGGGCUGAGCUGAAGAGCCUGAGGAGGAGCUCUUCUCUAAAGGAGCGCAUCCGGCCUUUUACGAUCGCAGCUAAACCCAACCUCGCAACCAAUGUGGGACCCAGGGAACCUCGUCGCCCUCUCAAAUCCCUGCUGGAAUGGAGAACAUCAUUCGAGGAAAAACAAUCAUCUGGAGGUGGAGAACAACCCAAAGAGAAUGAGCCGGAGCAUCAGCAAGGGAAACGGCAGGAGAAAAAAGAGAAGAUGCCUCAAAUCCAGAGCCAAGACACAGCAAAUGAACGUGAGGCCAUCUCAGAGGAGGACACGGAGACCGAGCAACAGAAGGAAAGAAACAAACGAGGACACAGAGGAAAGGCAGCGCCAGAGAAGACGGUGGUAGAAGAAAGCUCUCUUCAAAGCAUCUCCCCAGAAAUCUCACAGUCCCCUUCUCCACCAUUACAGCCAAAACAAAACCGCUCCUCCCAAGAUGUGGGCUUCUGGGAGGAGGACAAGGAAGGAAGUGAUGCAGAGGAGCUGAGUGCAGAGGAUAUAAUCAAGAGGAACCGUUACUAUGACGAGGAGGACUCUGACUCAUAGGAACAACGUGCAGUCUUACUGUCAUGUCCAACUUUCUCAGUUUAUAGAUAGAUCACAAAUGUAGCUUUGCCAGAUUUUAUAGUGUUAUGGGAGCGGUUUAAAAAAUGUGUAAUAGGUGUGUAUGUGCUUUUUUAUCGCAAUAACUGCCUUUAAUUGUUAAAGUACAAAUACUUGAUUUUUGAAAAUAUGUUUGAAUUAUACUGUAUAAUAUCUAAUACAGCUUAAAUGACCUGUGACUAUACUGGAAGGUGGGCAUCUAUUAAAUGUAAUCAUCUCUUGUUAAUUAUAUGCACUGUCAGUGGUGUAUAAACAAUACAUCACUGAUGGUGCAUAUAAUUGCAGAUAGUGUGUCCAAAAAACAUUAGACUUUAUACUUUAUGCAGCACUUUAAGUGCUGACAGGCAGAACCUUGCUCUACAUAUAAUGCAUAAAAUACUGAAAUAUCUUAUACCAAAAAGAACAUUUUUUACACGGUUUUUGGAGAGUAAAUGCCUUUUGUAGUUCCAAUUGUUACGUAUUGCCUCAAUUUGAAUUGUAAAUUGAAGAAAAGCAAAACAACACAAAUGACAGGGGUUUAGCAAACUGCAAUUACUACUUUUAUUUACAGUUACUGGUAAUGUUUAAAUACUAUAGAGCAGACACUAAGUUGUCUCCUGCUUGGACCGUUAUUGAGACAUUAACUACUCCCAGCACCCGAACAUAUCCAGACAGGAAACCCUCAUACCACUAUCCUGCAGGGGGCUCUCUGGUUUAGUGGAGAAUUAGCUUGUUCCUGGUCAAAAUGUGCUUCUGAACUGUUCUAAUCACAAUAACUACACUAAAAGGACAACAUAUGAUGAAUCAAGGUUUCUACUGACAGCUAUCCUUUCAGUCUAAUAGCAAAGAAGUCAUCUCUUUGGACCUUCUGAAUGAGUGUUUUUCCUUUUUUCCCCGUGACAGGUUUAUUUGGGGAUUUUUCCUGAUCCGAUGUGAGAUCCUGGGACAGAUUGUAAAGCCCUUUGAGGCAAAUUUGUAAUUUGUGAUAUUGGGCAAUACAAAAUAGACUGAAUUAAAUUGCGAAUGUAAAACUCUUGGUUUGUCCUGCCGAAUAUAUUUUUUACAAAUUUGUAUAAUGCCACAUUACAGUCUGAACUGUUGUUGAAACAUAAUUAAAACGCAUGAAUGAGGAAAUCCAGACUUUGCAGUCCAUCUGGUCUUUCACCUGAGUUAACAAAUGAACCCAAUAUUAUAACCACAUGACUUCCAGCCUGCUGAUUAUUGCACUUUUUUACAGGUGUUUUUUUCUUCACUAAUAUUUUCUUUCUUAAUCUUCUUGUUCCGUGUAUCAUUCAUAUAUUCCAGCCAUUUGUAAAAAUAUCACUCUUAAAUGAAUUACGGAUAUGGUUCAUAUUAUAUUAUUCUAUAUAUUAUUUAGAAAAAUUGGUUAAAUAGAUUUGAAACAUUUUCUGAUAUUCAUCUUCAGAAUGAAUUGUGAUAUUUCUUUUUCCUGUUAAUAUUACUAGCAGUGACGUGCAAUAAAGCAAUUCUUGCCA